GCUUUUCUACUCCAAGCACUGCACCCGUUACCUUUCGCCACGAUUAGGCUCCCCACUGUUUUUUGUUUUUCUCACCUCCUUAUUAGACACCUUCCUCCAAAUAUUCGCUUCAACGCUAUCAUAUAUACGAACACAAACGCCCUCUCCCUCCCAUUCACUCUUUUUCUUUUAUCUGAUCUUCCUAUCUUCCACUUUACUUUUGAGCUUUAAGUUUGUGAGUAAUGGCUUCCGCGAUUGCUGAUGCCGAGAAGCUCAAUAACCUGAAGUCUGCUGUCGCUGGACUCGGCCAGAUCAGCGAGAAUGAGAAAAAUGGAUUCAUCAACCUUGUCGCUCGCUAUCUCAGUGGCGAAGCGCAACACGUGGAAUGGAGUAAGAUCCAGACGCCAACGGAUGAAGUAGUGGUUCCUUACGAGAGCUUGGCACCCACUCCCAGUGAUCCUGUGGAGACAAAGAAGCUGUUGGACAAACUUGUCGUGCUGAAGCUCAAUGGAGGUCUGGGAACAACAAUGGGCUGUACUGGUCCCAAGUCUGUCAUUGAAGUUCGGAAUGGGUUGACAUUUCUCGACUUAAUUGUUAUCCAGAUUGAGAAUCUCAAUUCAAAAUAUGGAUGCAAUGUUCCCUUGCUUUUAAUGAACUCAUUCAACACUCACGAUGAUACAUCGAAGAUUGUGGAAAAAUACUCUGGCUCAAAUGUUGAAAUCCAUACUUUUAAUCAGAGCCAGUAUCCCCGUCUCGUUGUUGAUGACUUUAGUCCACUGCCAAGCAAAGGACAGACUGGCAAGGAUGGAUGGUAUCCUCCUGGCCAUGGUGAUGUGUUCCCAUCCUUGAAGAACAGUGGCAAACUUGAUGCACUGUUAUCACAGGGUAAGGAGUAUGUGUUUGUUGCCAACUCAGACAACUUGGGUGCUGUUGUCGACUUGAAAAUCUUGAAUCAUUUGGUCCACAACAAGAACGAAUACUGCAUGGAAGUGACACCCAAAACCUUGGCUGAUGUGAAGGGUGGUACACUCAUUUCUUACGAGGGAAGAGUUCAGCUUCUCGAAAUAGCGCAGGUUCCUGAUGAACAUGUCAAUGAAUUCAAGUCAAUAGAGAAGUUCAAAAUUUUCAAUACAAAUAAUCUGUGGGCUAACUUGAAAGCAAUUAAGAGGCUCGUGGAAGCCGAUGCAUUAAAGAUGGAGAUUAUACCAAAUCCGAAGGAAGUGGAAGGAAUCAAAGUUCUUCAGCUGGAAACUGCAGCUGGUGCAGCAAUUAGGUUCUUUGAUAAUGCUAUUGGUUGCAAUGUACCUCGGUCUCGAUUCCUUCCAGUGAAGGCCACUUCAGAUUUGCUUCUUGUCCAGUCCGAUCUCUAUAUUUUGGAGGAUGGCUUUAUUAUCCGGAAUAAAGCUAGGUCAAAUCCUGCAAACCCUUCUAUUGAAUUGGGGCCUGAAUUUAAGAAGGUUGGCAACUUCUUGAAUCGAUUCAAAUCCAUUCCUAGUAUCAUUGGGCUUGAUAGCCUUAAGGUGACUGGUGAUGUUUGGUUUGGUACUGGUGUUACUCUCAAGGGGAAAGUGGUCAUUGCGGCAAAACCUGGGGUGAAGUUGGAAAUACCUGAUGGAGCUGUGCUUGAAAACAAGGAAAUCAACGGCCCUGAGGAUCUCUAGGCAAGUUGAUUUGAAAAGUAUUGGGGAGUGUGCUCUCAGCCAAGAUCUUUCUUUUUGUUCUACAAUGCGCUGUGUAAUAUCUAUCACUUAUCUUUUUGUUUCCUGAAUGAAAAUUUGAUGCGGAGCAUAGAAAAGUAAGCAAACUUAAAAAAUGAGGUUUCUUUUUUUCAUGACCAGCACAUAUAUUACCAGUAAUAUUUUGUGUGAUAAUAAUUGCUGAUCAAAAAGGUGUUGCCGAGUAAUAAAUAAUCGUUUGCUUAUGUAAAAA